AUGAGCUCCUCUCUCGAGGCGAAGAUCGUUGUGCUGGGCGCGCAAGGCGUCGGCAAGACCUCCCUCGUCCAGCGCUACGUCCGCAACGCCUUCACACCCGCCUCUACUACCUCCACUGUUGGUGCCUCCUUUGUCACCAAGCGUGUCCUCGACACCACCUCCGAUACCAUCGUUCGCUUGCAGAUCUGGGACACUGCCGGCCAGGAGCGCUUCCGCUCCAUCAGCCGGCUGUACUACCGCGGCGCCCAUGCCUGUCUUCUCUGCUACGAUAUCACCGACGAAGCCUCCUUCACCGAGAUGGCCGGCUGGCUGCGCGAGCUGCGCCGCAACAUCGACGCCCCGGACACCGAACCCCUCGUCAUCCACGUUGUCGGCACCAAAUCCGACAUCGUCGCGACCGACCCGGCCUCCCGCCGCGUGCCCUUCGAGCGUACGAUCGCCUACGUCGCAGAACAGCUGUAUCCCAGUCGCGCGUCUACGCCGCCGCCGACCGCCGGCAUGAGUGGACCUGGGCUGGGCCUCGUGGGCGGCGGCGGGAGCAGCGGGAGCGCCGCCAGCGUAUUGCUGAGCCCGGAUAGUAAACGCAGCUCGGCGUUCUGGGGCCAGGAGAUUGGGUGGGACUGUUGUCAUGAGAUUAGCGCCAAGGACGGCGAGGGCAUCGACGAGGUGUUUCGCGUGAUUACGCGCAAGCUGGUCGAGCAGCGGAACCGGCGGGAUGCGGAGCUGGCGCUGUCGCCACUGGCGACGCCUGGCGUGAACGAUGGUGUUGUCGGGCCGAUUGGGCUGACGGGGUUGGAUGGAAAUGGAAGUUUUCGGCUGGGCGCUGGGGAUAAACGACGAAGUUGGCUGGGGUUGGCGACGCCCACGAUCGGCGAGGUCGAGGAAGCGCAGGUGAUGCAAGCUGCCCAGCGACGAGGACGGUGCUGCUGA